UGCUUGAUAUAAGGAGGACCUGAACUUUGAGCUGGAGCUGUGUCUGAAGGUCUUGACUCGCAGGAUGAACAUCCUCCGAACUCUGUUUCUCUUGGCCGCCAGCCUCUCUUUGGCCCCGUCUACCAACGGCAAGUCGCUCUACCAGUUCAGGAACCAUAUCCUGUGCUUGAUGCCCAACAGUUGGCCGAUUAGGGACUACGCUGACUACGGCUGCUACUGUGGAAAUGGCGGCCGAGGCACGCCUGUGGACGAGCUGGACAGGUGCUGCCAAGUGCACGACUACUGUUACGGUGACGCCAUCGAGCACCCCGCAUGCUGGUCCAUCUUCCACAGCCCUUACGUUAAGUUAUACUCCUAUAACUGUGCCACACGAAGCAAGAUUAUCACCUGUGGCAACAACAACAACGCAUGUGAGAUGAUUAUCUGCGAGUGUGACAGGAAGGCCGCCGAGUGUUUCGCCAGAUCGCCUUAUUACAACUACUACUAUAACUGGCCCCAAAGAAGAUGUCAUUAGAAGACUUCUGUAGUUAAUCCAACACAGGAUCCACUCCCACACACGACACACCCAUCACUGAGCUCUCAGGAGCAGCAGCAGCUUGUUUCGUCCGCUCAUUGAAAUACUCACACUGACUUUGUACUGUCACAUUCUCAAGGUCAUGGUUUUCUUUUCUCCUUCUUUCUCUGCACUGCAUCUCUAUUGUUAGCUGUGGAUCAGGAAGUAGUUUACAGACGUAGACAUAUUGGCAAUUUAUCAAAUGAUACAAAUGC